GCUGCUGCCUCCCGGUCUCAACUCCCAAGAUUUACCUACAAGUAUUGCCGGGCUCGGGGAUCCAAGAUAAAUAGAGAGAGAAUGAGGAGCUGCUCCUAGACGGACGGACCCUCCCUCUCUCUUUGUUUUUGGAGGGCCUUCUCUUCUGGGAGAAGAGAGCGAGCGAGCGUUCAGGAUAUACUAGUCGGGCUACGCGGGGGCCGAGAUAAAUCGGGGGGAGAAAAAAAGGGGGGUGAAAAAUACGGCGCACCGCUUCUCUCUUGACGCGGCCAGCCCUCCGCCCGGUCUCGGUCUCGGUCUCGGGCGAUAGUUGGAAAGGAGAGCGAAACGGGCGCCCGAAACCCCCUGAAAACCUCCACCUGACGCGCCCGCCCAUGUCGGCGCCGGAGGAGGGCGACGCCGCCGCCUCGGGAUCGUCGGCGCCGCCGCCCCCCGCGCCCGCGCCCGCGCCGCCGCCGAUGGCCAUGGCGGAGCCGGGCGCAAUGGGGCCCGAGGAGGCCGCCGCCAGGAAGCGCUACGAGGCGCUGAUGCAGGUGCGGGCCAAGGCGCUCAAGGGCAAGGGCGCCUGGUACUGGGGCCACCUGGAGCCCGUCCUCGUGCCGCCGCCGGCCUCCGGGGCGCCCCCCAAGGCCGCCCGCCUCCGAUGCGCGCUCUGCGCCGCGACGUUCUCCGCCUCCAACCCCUCCCGCACCGCCACCGAGCACCUCAAGCGCGGCGCCUGCCCUAAUUUCGCGGCGGCGCAGGGCGCGCCGCCGCCGCCGCCGCCCCCGCCCCCGCCGCAGAAUCAGCAUCAGCAGUUGCAGCUCGUCGCCGUCUCGUCCCCCGCCUCAUCGAUCGUGCCCAUCUCCUCCAUCCCCCCGUCGUCCUCGUCCGCGUCGCAGCGCCGCCACUCCACCGGCGGCGGCGGCGGCGGCGGCCGCAAGCGCCACGCGCUCGCCGCGGCCUACGCGUCCGUCGAGGCCGCCUCGCACCAGCACCACGUCAUGGUCGCCGACCCGGCCGGGUACUCCCCGACGCCGCCCACCCCGCCCGGGAUGCCCGCGCCCAGGCAGCUGCUCUCCGGCGGCCGGGGCGACCUCGCCCCGCUCGCCAUGCUGGAGGACAGCGUCAAGCGCCUCAAGUCGCCCUCGGCGUCGCCGGGCGCGAUGCUGCCGCGGCCGCAGGCCGAGGCCGCGCUCUCGCUGCUCGCCGACUGGUUCCUCGAGUCGUCCGGCAGCGCCUCCCUCUCCGCGGUCGAGCACCCCAAGCUCAAGAACUUCCUGCGCCAGGUUGGGCUGCCGGAGAUAUCGCGGGCCGACCUCGCCGGCGCGCGCCUGGACGCGCGCUUCGCCGAGGCCCGCGCCGACGCCGCCGCGCGCUUCCGUGAGGCGCGGUUCUUCCAGCUCGCGGCCGACGGGCUGCGCGAGCAGGUGAUCACCCUCUCUGUCAACCUCCCCAACGACACGUCCGUGUUCCACCGAGCCGUGCCCAUGCCCGCGCCGGCGUCGGCGUCCCCUGACUACGCCCAGGAGCUGUUCCUGGACGCGGCAUCGUCCGUCUCCGCCUCCUCCGGCGACAUUCGGCAUUGCGCCGGCAUCGUCGCCGACCGCUUCGGCUCCAAGACUCUGCGUGAUCUCGAGACCAAGCACCAUUGGAUGGUGAACCUUACCUGCCAAGUCCAUGGCCUGUCCCGCUUGGUAAGCGACAUGGCGCGCGAGCUCCCACUCUUCAACAACGCUGCGUCAAAUUGCGCCAAGAUCGCCAGCUACUUCAACACCACGCCCUCCGUGCGCGCGCUGCUGCACAAGCACCAAGUCCAGGAGCACGGGCACGCCUUCCUCCUGCCCAUUGCCGCUCCGCCGUAUAAUGGCGGGGAAUUUGCCGCCGCGUUCGUGAUGCUCGAGAGCAUCCUGACCUCGGCGCGGCCGCUCCAGCUCGCCGUGCUCGAGGAGUCCUACAAGGUGGUCUGCAUCGACGACCCUGCCGCGAGGGAGAUUGCGGCCAUGGUGCAAAAUGUGGCGUUCUGGACCGAGGUCGAG